CACUGGGCCGUGGUGUAUGUUUCACAAUUUGAGCUGCGUCUUUCGCCGUGCCCUCGGAAUUGAGGACUGCUGACGGCCGGUGGUGUGCUCUGUUUGUGACGUGGCAAGGGUAUGCACGACCGUCGUAGGCUGGUAGGCUCAGCCUCGGGCGAGAAGUGGACUGCGGAUGGCGUGCUCGAUUGUUGGAGAUCCUGCUUGUCGAAUAGGGGAGAGCGUGAUUGGCGGCUACACGGUUGCAGUCAUGUCUCACGGAGUUGAAGAUUCGAACGUGACUCGGGGACGACCAGCUCCGCGGAGCUCGGACGGGAAUGUCCUCCUCCUGACGCCGCAUAAGAGGUCUUGGGACCUGGCCUGCAACGAGUUGUGGCUCAAACAGCUUUUGAGGGUGGGAGCCGAAGUUGGUUCGGAGCGGUGGCCGUUAAGCUUGACGUUUCGCAGCCUCAGGGAGUGCAGCGACCGCAGCCACAGUAUGUCAUGGGUGUGUGGGUACGUGAGCUCUAUGCAUGGCGAAUGGACUGGAGAUCAGGGAUUCCGUGGCGGCCUUUGCGUACCAAGCGUUCUUUGUAAGAACCUUGACUCUUAGCACUUGCACUUGGCUAUCAUCUUGCGUGACUCAGGCGCAAAGAGUGCAGGGCUGCACUGGGUGGCAUAUCCAUGUACCGAUUGCGUUGGAGAAACGGGAAUGUCUGCAGUCUAAUCACUCUCAAAGGUAGUGGGUCUGACGCGCGGCAGACCGGGACUCCGAUCUUUAUUUGUCCAUGCGUGAAUCUGAAUUGGAACCAAACAAAGCAAACCCGGCUUGGUCAGUUCUGUUCAACGACGACGAGCAGCGGUCUUCAGCCCCCAUCCUUUCGACCCUCUACUCCCCCCAUCUGCAUACACUCAAGCGACACCCGCAUCCACACGACUGCAGUAGGUGAUCUCAGAUACAUAAGUUGCAACCCUGUUUUGUGUGGGUUUGGGUCUGGGUUUGUACAUAGGCGUCCGUAUACGAAGCUACAGACGCGUGCACGGCGGACGAACGACGACGUAACCGAAGCGAAGGAACGACGGACCGACGCACGGACGAUCACACACGCACGCACACGAAAUGGACGCGCAGACGUAUCCAGCACAGCUCUCGGCGUCGGCUCUCACCCCCGCACAGCAGACGCAGCACCACCAGCACCACCAGCACCACCAGCACCACCAUGAACAACCACAGCACCAACAACACUUCCUCCCCCCACCGCCCGCCUCGCAACCGCCCCCGCCGGCCCACCCAGGCGCGCACGCCCCGGAUCCGCUGUACACAGCAAUGCUCCAGUGCCCGCGCCCGACGUGGAAGGUCACCGCGCUGUGCUCGUCGCCCCGCUCGCCGGCGGACAGCACGCGCACGGUGUUCGCCGGGCCCUGGCGCCACCCGUGCGAGCUGGAGUACAUCGGCCCGCACCACCCGAGCGCACACAUGUGGAGCGACUUUGCGAUCCUCGCGUAUCUGGUCGGCACCGGCGUCACGGUGCCGCCGCGGCGCGGCGAGGGGCGCGAGACGUGGGUUGAGGUCCGGGUGGGGGAGGCGGCGAAUGGGACCGGGAACGGGAACGGAAAUGGGAGUGGGAAUGUGACGACGACCACCCUGCCGCGCGGCUACCGCAUACCGCUUCUCUGGCUCAUGCGGGUGCAGUGGGAGUCGUUGCGGCUGCUGCUGACCAGUGCGCGGCCGAUGUGGGAUAUCUUGAAGUUCGACCUGCUGCACAUUGGGCGACUGGUGACCCAGUUUCUGGCCAAGGCGCGCAACGAGGCGCGCAUGAAACGGGGCUGGCGCGACCCCAUGUUCGACCGCGUGCUCACCCGCUUUUUCAACGGGUGGAUGGGAUGUCGAGAUCCGUUCAUCUGGGAUUUCUACAGGGAGUUCCGUGAUGAAGAGUACAAGGAGGAUGUGCUGACCAGACGCUGGGCACCCAAGGUCGCAAAGGGGAUUCAGGGCUUCAUCGUCACAGACGAGGAGCUCGUCAUGGGGAUCACCGCUGUAGAAUAUAUGCAAGGGCUGAAACUUGACGCUGAACGAGGGAUGUUCACAUGGGAAAUGCCACCGGAGAUCGCUCCCCCCUUGGAAGCGAUGCCGACGCCGAUAAAGGCUGUAGACCCAACACCAACGAUCGCCAUACCAGCCGCAGCAUUACCAACACCAACGAUAGCAGCACCAGCAAUCGCCACAUCAUCUGUAACGGCGACAGCAUCAUCGACAGCGGACGCUCUCACUGCGUCGCCGUCGCCUGACAUGCCGGGAUCUCCAUUGACCUCCGAUGGCGAGUCUGGGACGUAUCAGCCUCAUCCGUCGGUUCGCAAAAAGGCGUCGAAAAGCAGCGCAGGCACGCCACGACCUCUGCGGACCCGGACGAUCAGCGGGGGCACCUCCGCAGCAGGUAGCCCGGCGGCAUUCCAAGUCACGUUCACUGCGCCGAUCGAGUCACGGGGCCGCAAACGCAAGAUCGCAGAUCUGUACAACAGCAGCAACAACACCAAUACCGCUGCUGCUGCUGCUGCCACCGCCAGCAAUCGCAUGAACACGGGCUCGCCGCUGACGUCGGACAACGAGGAGGAUGAGGAGAGCAGUGUGACUGGGACGGCUACACGCGCUGGGAGCGGGGCGCCCGACGGCCGAGCAGGCUCUUAUGGAGUGCCUUCGCGUGUCGUUGCACCGAGGCUAGCGGGGUCCUCGGACGUAUUUGGGACACCGGCGGAGCCCGAGAAGGAGAAAGAGAAGGAGAAGGAGAAGGAGAGCGCGGAGGCGCUGACCGCAGCGGAGAUCCCCGGACCGGAGCGUCCGCCGUACAAGCUUUACGCGAUCUCGUCUUCGCCGUCCACGCAGCCGUUCCAGCGCAUGCAGGACGCGGUGAUCCCCCCGUUCGGCACGUGGCGGCACGCCGCGGAGCUCGGGUAUGUUGUCGAUCCGGAGCGAUGGAGCGAUUUCGACAUCGUCGCGUUCCUGGCGCAGACGGCGUGGAGCGUGCCGGACAAGACGGCCGUGUCGACGGCGGGCAAGAGCUGGAUCGACUUCGAGUACCGGCACGGCGAAGUCCGUGUGGCGGUGCCCCGGGGCUACCGCGUGCCGCUGUUGUGGUUCGGGCGCGUCUUAUGGGACUGCGUGAAGCUGCUGCUGACGACGAGCAAGCUGUUUUGGCCGGAGAUGAAGUGGGACGUGCUGCAUAUGGCGCGGCUGGCGGAUGAGUUUUUCGCGCAUGUCCGGGCUGCGCAGCCGGGCAAUGUAAAGCGCGGCUGGCGGGAUGUGAUGCUCGACCGCGUGCUGACGCGCUUUUUCAACGGCUGGAUGGGUGUGCGCGAUGAAUUCGUGUGGGACUUCUACAGAGAGUUCCGGGAUGAGGAGUAUCAGGAUGAUAUGGUUGGCCGACGCUGGCACGGAAAAGCGGUGAAAGGAAUUCAGGGAUUUGCCGUUACUGAAACCCAGCUUGUCCAAGGGAUCACUCGUGAACAAUUCACCGAUGGCCUGGUCGUUGACCAUGAGCACAAGACGUACCGGUGGGAGGUUCCUGAGGCCGAUCCUGUCUCUCCGCCCCCUCCCGCUGCGGUGUCAUCACCUGCACCCGCACCCGAAUCUGUGCCUGCACCUGUGCCCGUGCCUGCAAUCGUCACAGCUCCGCCGCGCCCGAAAUCGCCGCUCUCGCUCACGCAGGUGGCAGCCACAAGCCCAUCACCCAUGAUCGUCAACGUCGACAUCGAUCCGGACACGACGAUCACCGGGCCGCCUGAUCCGGAGCCGGAGUUCGACGAGACCGAGUUCCUGCGCAGUCGGUUGCCGUCGCCGUUUGGCGGGGAGACCCCGCUCGAGAAGGAGAGAAAAGAGACUGCGCCAGCGCCAGCGCUGGUGCCGGCCCGGGACGUGUCGAUUCCGCCUCUGGUGCUGGAUGACCUGGGUCUCGAGGACGACGGGGAUGCGGAUGCGGUUGGGGAUGACGACGAUGAGGUUCAGAUGGAGAUGCAUCAAGGCCCGCCGCAUAUUCAAGUGUUUGAAGAACCGCUGCGGAUCCGCAUUGCACCACAAGCACAGCAGCAGCAGCAGCAGGAACAGCAACAACAGCAGCAUGAGCAGCAGCAAGAGCCCCAAAUGGAGACGGAGGAGGAAGACGAGUUCCAAGGGCUGGUGAUAGAGCCUGUGGAGCGGCUGACACUUCCCCCAGAGGAGAUGGAGGAGGAAGAUGAGGAACAAGAGCUGGUGAUAGAGUUUGUGGAGCACCCAACACUACACCAAGAGGAGAUGGAGGAGGAAGAUGAGGAACAAGAGCUGGUGAUAGAGUUUGUGGAGCGGCUGACACUUCCCCCAGAGGAGAUGGAGGAGGAAGAUGAGGAACAAGAGCUGGUGAUAGAGUUUGUGGAGCACCCAACACUACACCAAGAGGAGAUGGAGGAGGAAGAUGAGGAACAAGAGCUGGUGAUAGAGUUUGUGGCGCUGCCGACACUACCCCAAGAGGAGAUGGAGGAGGAAGACGAGUUCCAAGGGCUGGUGAUAGAGCCUGUGGAGCGGCUGACACUUCCCCCAGAGGAGGAAGAGGAGGAAGAGGAGGAACAAGAGCUGGUGAUAGAGUUUGUGGAGCAUCUGACACUUCCCCAAGAGGAGGAAGAGCAACGAAAUCAGGACGACGUGGGCAGAGACGAUUCGAUCCGGUCUUCGUCGAGCCCCAGUCCGCGGCCUGAAGCCGUGCCUGCGCCGAUCGACGACGGGAGCGACACCGAUGCGGACGGGGAUAUUGAAGUCGAGGGCGACCUGCUCUUCGUGGGUGUUCCGCAGAGAGAGGAGGAGCGACUGGCACAGCCUGUGCCCGCACCGGAGCCUGAACGACGAGACGAGGAAGCCACCGUCCGUGUCCAGCCUCACGAUGACAAGGAGAAAGACGAUGAUGACGAGCAGGACCUUCCGCCUGGUUUGGGACACCACCAUCUCGAGGACGAAGUUGUGUUCCUCGGCGCAAACCCACCCUCGAUCACUGAUGACGAUGACGAUGGGACCACCAGUUCGGGAAUCCCUGGACUGGGGCUCAACUUCGGACUGGGGCUCAGUGCGGAAGAGUCGAGGCAGGUCAAGGUGGAGAUGCUAGCUGAUGUGGAUGUGCCGUUCCCUGCCAGAUCGGUCUCGCCGUUAGUGGUUCCUGCAGCCCAGUCUCUGGCAGUCGAACCUAGCCCGACGCUUCCUGCUGAAGAUCUACCUCCUGGACUGGAGCCCAGCUCAGCGAUUGAUGCUGAAGCUGAAACCGCGCCCCCAGUUGUUGGAUCAGAACCGGAACUUGGGUCUUCGCGCGAACCUGAACCCGAACUCGAGCCUGAGCCCGAGCCCGUACCCGAACCCGAACUCGAACCCGCGCCUGCGCCUGCACAGGAUCCUGAAACUGAACCCCAGCCUAUCCUCGAACCUGAAUCUACACACGAGCCAGAACCCGAGAUCGAGCCCGAGAUCGAGCCCACGCCCGAACUUGUGCAGAAUGCGCCGGAGAAAACCCAGUCCCCUCCACCCGAGGCCGCGCCUGUUGCUGCUGCAGAGCCUGCAGCCGCCGCUCCUUCCGCCGCUCAAAACAAUGCGGAGCAGGACAGCGACAUGGAGCAGGACAUGGAAGUGGACAUGGACUUGGACAUGGAUUUGGACAUGGACAUGGACAUCGAGACGCCCAUCGAGUCGGAUGUCGAGCGAGCGGAGGCGACGACGACCACUAAAUCUCCCGUGCUGGUCGCGGCGUCAGUUGCGACAAUGCCAGAGAUCUCGACUCCAGUUACGACAACGGCCGUGACGACGGCCGUGUCGAGUUCGCCGCCAGUGACGACGACUGCGGCAGCGGCAAUGACUAUGACGCCGAAAAGCCCACCGCUCAGCGCGUCGCGAAGUCUGUUCACACCGGAUGCCACGCCUGUGCGUGCUGGUGCCGGGGUAUCAAGCGCCACGUCGGCCACACCCGAUGCGAGUCGGCCGACGCCGACGAGCGUCAUCUCGGCUGCGAGUACCAGCUCUGCCGCAGCGAGAUCCAUCGCGGGAUUCGCAUUCGGGUACGGGAUCGGGAUCGCGCCGGGGCUGACGCUGGCCUCGCCUUCUUCCUCGGCGGUAGGAAGCUCGAGACCGCUGUCGAGUGCGAUGCCGCCGAGACGGAUGGGCGAAUCCAGCCAUCUGGACAACGGCAUCAACAAUGUCAGUGGCAAGCUGAAUGGGACGCACACUCAGGACGUGGCGCAACUGGCACAAGCCAAAGACAUGCUGGACUCGGCGUUCCGGGCCGGGCCGUCGAAUUCGCAUUACGAUCCUGGUGCCAACAACUUGAAUUUGGGCGGCAGUAGUAACAGCAGCAGCAGCAGCAGCAGCAGCAAUAUAACCACGCGGCCGACGGGAUACGUGCCAGUCCCGGGCUCGCCAUCGCCUUUAGGCUGGGGUCCGCGGUCGAUGCAUCCGCUGCCUGUGCGCCCUCCGCCGGGAUCUUCUAGCGCGCAACAGCAGCAGCAGCAGCAGAAUGGGGUCUGGCCCGUGUCUGUGAAUGGUCCACAGGCGAAUCUUGCGACGUCCGUCGCAGCGCCGCCUCCGCCGUCUGCGCCUCCUCCGACGAGCGCACGGAAGACGACCGCUGCCACUGGUGCCAAUGCCUGGCCCGUGUCUGGAUUGGGUCUGCCGCGAAACGUGACGUCCUCGGCGAACAGCGCGAAGCCCAAGCCCAAGACGAAAAAGGGCAAGGCGAAGGCUGGAGCAUCGUCCUGGCCGCCGCCGCAUGAUCACCAGCAGCAGCAGCAGUCGCCGUUGGACUCCGGUGUGUACUACGACCCGGGUGCGGGCAGGUAUGGGUACGAUCAGCGGUCUGUGCCGUCCCAGAGCUGGUAUGGAGCGCCGCCCCCGUCGUCGCAGGCACCACAGGACGAAUACCAGCCGUAUUCACCGCUCAUGUCGCUGGGCGGCGGCGUCGGGCCGAUGCCGAUGCCGAUGCCGAUUCCGGCACCGUCUGCGAUGAUCCGGAAUCCCACCCCGCCGGUGAACGCGCGCGCAGGAGUGCGGACCCUUCCCAGUUUCGAGAUACCUCCUGCGGUCUUGCGAAACCCGACCCCGACCCCGCCGCCGCCUGCCCCUCCCCCGAUGAUAAUCCGGAACCCGACCCCCCCGCCGGUGGUCAUGCGGCAGCCGACCCCCCCGCCGCCACCGCCAAAGCCCACCAAGGUGACGGCGGAUCGGUCGACGAGCCCGCCCCCGGUGCCACGACGGAUGUGCAUCAAUGCGUCGGUUGUCACCGACCCACUCCCGCCGCCGCCGAAGGAGAUCGACUUGGAGGCCUUGGAAGCACGGCUGCUCGAGCGCCUGCGGGCGGAGAUGCCAGCACCAGCACCGCCGCCGCCGCCUCCACCCCCAGCGGCGCUGCAGGUGGAUGUCGACGCGCUGAUUGCGCAGCUGCAUGCGGAGAUGCCGGCGCUGGUCGCGCGGAUGCGUGCGGAGAUGCCGGAGCCGCAGGAGCCGCGUGAGGUCGACAUGGACGCGCUCGUUGCGCGUGUGCGGGAGGCGAUUGCGGUGCCGGCGGUGGACGAAGCGGCGCUCGAGGCACGCAUCGCCGCGCGCAUGCCGGCGCCGCGGGAGCCGCGGGAUGUCGACGUCGAGGCGCUCGCGGCGCGCCUGCGAGGCGAGCUGGGCGCGCGGCUGGACGGGCGCGUGGACGAGCUGCGCGAGGCGGUGUGCGCGCGGGUGAUGGCGGAGGUCCCCGACGCAGUGCAUGCGCGCGUCAAGGCGGACCUGAUGGCGCAGAUGGGCAGCGUGCUGGGCCAGAUGCAGGCGGACCUGAUGGCGCAGCUGCGGGACGACGUGGGUCUGCAGCUGCGGUACUUCGUCGCGAAGCUCAAGGAGGACAUGGGCGCGCUCGUCCGAGAGGCGGUUGCCGCGAAUCUGGCGGGUGGCCAGGCGCCGUGGGUGGGGCAGGUCAAGGCGGUGCUGGGGGAGCAGCUGCGCGAUGCGUUGGCUGUCCAGCGCGAGGUGAUGAACCGGGACUUUGAGCGCCGCCGGGCCGGUGUUGCGGCUAGGCGCGUGGCUACGACGCCCGCCGAGGCGACGACGCCGGUCACGCCGAGCCAUUCGAACGCUGUGAGCAGCAGCAGCACCGCCGGCAACAGCGGCAACAGCGGCAGCCAGCUGAAAUCGGUGCUCUUCCCGGGACGGCACCCGCUGCACCACCUCGUGCUCAGCGCCACUGCGGAAGAUGCGAACGCGGACGGGACGCCCAGCCAGACGCGGCCGUCCACGCCGAUGCCUGCGAGGCACCGCAAGUUUGUGCAGCCGCAGUCGGGGCUGACUAGUCCCGCAUCAGAAAACCCCGUCGAGCGUCCAGCUGGUACUGAGCCUGCCCACCCUCUCCCCCUUCCGCCCCCGCCGACAUUGAUGGCUGACGCGCCGCUGCCGCCUGGGGACGCGCAGAUGGCGACUCCGCCCCCGCCCGUGAGUGCACCGGGUCUGGCUGUGGCGUUGGCCGCUGUAUGAUGUGUCGUUGGCGUGAUUGGAAGACGACGCCGACGACGAAAACGCUCCCGGUGUGUAGUUUAAUGCCUGUGUUACUUGAUAUAUAUAUACUACUACUACGUUCAUGUUUAUACGGCUCGUCGAGUGUGUGGUUGUUGCGAGUCUCUCUCUCUCUCUCUCUCUUGUCGUUCCUGCAUGACGUGUACUUACCUACUUGCUCACAUACAUUCAUAUAUAUACAUACAUGCGCACUUACUUUACGAUUGAU